AUGUACUACCACCACGGCUCGACCGGCCAAUCGGUGGCCGGCGGAGCAGGCAAGCUCCACGAUGGACCUCCCGGCGUGAACGGCCAGUCGGGAUGGGGUCGACAUCCCUUCCAACCGUCUAAUCCCCUCCCUCUCCCCUCAUCCUCCGGCUUCCCUCCCAACGACCCCCGCAUGCUCGGCUUUCCCCCACCCCAUCACGCCAACCAUUCCCAUCAACCUCAUCACUCGAAUCACAACCAAUUCAAUCAUCAUCAGCAACACAGCAACCAUCCUCACGUCGGUCACCACGUGAAUGGGUCGCACCCGAGCCAUCCGAGCUUUGGGAGCGGGAAUGGGUUGCAUCUCGGCGGAGGACAGGGAGGGGGCAUGUUUGGGCAGAAUGGAGCAGGCGGAUUCGGUGGUAUGGGCGCUUUUGGAGCUGUAGGGAAUGGGCAGGGGAGUCCGCCAAGGAAUGAGAGGGAUAUGCCGAUGACGGCGUUGUGGCAGCAGCAAUUGCUGAGAGCAGAGUCAUCCCGAGCUGCCAACUCGCCUCAUCACCGAGCAAGGACAGCGGCGAUGGCAUCGAGAAUGACCAACAAGCCCUCCACGGUCACCAUUGCCAACCCAUCCGAUAGCGGCCGUCCAGCCUCGGUCGUUAACCUCCAGACCAACGGCGUCCACAAGAAGAACGGCUCCCUCUCUAUCGCUCCCCUUCCCGAUCGCUCAGUCACCCCCGACCUCUCAGAUACGGCCACCACUCCCGGUGUCUCGGUGGUAGAUCCCUCCAAUCCCGGAGUAGCACCAGCACCAACGGAGAAUGAGGGACCAUCGGAGCCAUGGUACGGUCUGGAUCUAGGGGGUAUCCAUCUCAAGACCCUCAGCCCCGCCAUCUUUGCUUUCGCCCACAUCACCGCCCUCUACGUCAAUCACAACAACCUCACCGCCCUCCCUCCCGGUAUCGGCCGGCUAAGGCACCUCACUAUCCUCGAUGCUACGGCCAACGAGCUCACGGCCAUCCCGGCGGAGAUCGGUUGCCUCUUCAACCUUACAGAGCUGCUGCUCUUCGACAACCACAUCACAACCUUGCCGUCCGAGGUGGGCAUGUUGUUCAAGCUGGUGACGUUGGGAAUUGAGGGGAACCCGAUCGAGGAGAGGCUGCGCAAGAUGAUUGCGGAUGACGGAACGGAGGCGUUGGUCGCACACUUCCGGGACAACUCGCCGGUCACGACGUCUCCCCCUGAACGGCAGUGGGUGGAUGUCGACGCGGACAUCGACUCGCCCUCCUCCGGAAAGCAGGAAUCCUUCACAGUCCUCACCUACAAUAUCCUCUGCUCCCACUUUGCCACAACGGCGAUGUACAAGUACACACCCAACUGGGCGCUCGACUGGAACUACCGGAAACAGACGAUCCUCAACGAGUUGACAAACGCGUCAGCAGAUGUUGUCUGUCUGCAGGAAGUGGACGUGGCGACCUACUCGGAGUACCUGCUCCCUGCGUUGCAGGAGCACGGGUAUGAGGGAACGCACUAUCCCAGGAGUAGGGCAAAGACCAUGACGCCGGAGGAGCAGGCCAAGGUGGAUGGAUGCUGUAUCUUCUGGAAGGCCGAGAAGUUCCGUCUGAUCGAACAUCAGGUCGUCGAAUUCGCUCGGGUCGCCAUCCAAAAGAUGGACAUGCGGACAGACGACAUGUUCAACCGGGUCAUGUCUCGAGACAACAUCGCGGUCGUCGCCAUGCUCGAGUUCAAAGCCUCUGGUGCUCGGAUCUUGGUCGCCAACUCGCAUAUCUACUGGGAUCACCGGUUCCGGGACGUCAAGCUCGUCCAGAUCGGGAUGCUCAUGGAGGAGCUCGAAAAGCUUACGGCGCAAUUCGCUCUCCUCGGCCCUACCAAAUCCUUCGACUCGGAAUAUGCCAACGGGAUGGGACCGCCCGCGUACGAAAAGGCGGAGGAAGGCCGAGACAUGCCCUUCAUCCUCUGCGUGGAUCUCAACUCGCUUUCGGGGUCGGCGGUAUAUGACUUCUUAUCCAACGGAGAUAUCCCGCCAGACCACGAGGACUUUAUGACCCAUCGGUACGGUCCGUACACUGCCAAGGGUCUGGAGCACAAGGCGGAUCUGAAGAGCGCGUGUGCGAGCUUUGGGGAGAUGAAGAUGACCAACUUUACUCCCGCCUUUACGGCUACGAUCGACUAUAUCUUCUACACGCCUCGGAACCUCAAGGUGACGAGCGUGCUGGGGGAUGUGGAUCAGACGUAUCUGGACAAGGUGGUCGGGUUCCCGAAUGCUCACUUCCCAUCCGAUCAUAUCCCGGUAUAUGCGCAGUUCCGCGUGCGCGGUCAUCCCUCCAUCAAGAAGUACGAUUGA